AUGCUCCAGUUUAACAACGUCUACGUCAUCUGUUCGAUCGCCGCCAUCGGCGGCGGUUUGUUUGGCUUCGACAUCAGCUCCAUGAGCGGUGUCCUAGGCACUCAAGCUUACAAGAGAUAUUUUGGGAACCCCAAGUCUUACACCCAGGGUGGCAUUACCUGUGCCAUGCCCGCUGGAUCUCUCGUCGGCGCCUUGGCUAGCUCUUUCAUUGCGGACAAGUUCUCGCGAAAGAUAGCACUGCAAAUUUCAUGUGUGCUAUGGAUUAUCGGGUCCAUCAUUCAGUGCGCGGCCCAAAACGUCGGCAUGCUCUGUGCUGGGAGGGUAAUUGCGGGUCUCUGCGUCGGGAUUGCCUCUUCGAUUGUGCCAGUUUACCAGUCUGAGAUUGCGCCUAAAGAGAUCCGCGGGCGCGUUGUGAGCUUGCAACAAUGGGCUAUCACUUGGGGAAUCUUGAUACAAUAUUUUAUCCAAUAUGGAGCAGCCCAGGGAAUCGGCGGCGGUCCUGACGACCCUCAGCAGCCCACAGCAGCCUUUCGAAUUCCCUGGGGUGUCCAAAUGGUCCCAGCUCUGGUUCUCCUCAUCGCCUUGUUCUUCUGUCCCUACAGUCCGCGGUGGCUUGCCUCAAAAGAUCGGUGGGAAGAGGCCCUUACUGUACUAGGCCAGCUCCACGGUGGGGGAAGCACAAGUCAUCCCAAAGUUCUCGCUCAAUAUCAGGAGAUCCAAGAGGCACUUCGAUUUGAGCGUGAGGAUGCUGCUUCUAGCUGGAAGGCUCUGACCAAUCGACGAAUGCUUAAACGCGUUGUGCUAGGCAUGUCCAUUCAGGCCUGGAGUCAACUUUGUGGAAUGAAUAUCAUGAUGUAUUAUAUCGUUUACAUUAUGGAAGGAGCCCAAAUCGCCUCUCCUCUGUUGACAGCUUCGAUUCAGUAUAUUAUCAAUGUUCUUCUCACUCUUCCUGCAAUACUGUUCCUCGACAGGUGGGGCCGUCGACCACCGCUUAUCAUCGGCGCGUUUCUGAUGAUGUCGUGGCUAUUCAUCUCUGGUGCUUUACAACAGCAUUAUGGUCAGCCAAACACCGAGGAGACUCAAACGGACCAAAACAAGGACAUUAGUUGGAUAGUUAAUGGGAAGCCGGCAGUCUCCAAGGCGGUUGUCGCAUGCUCGUACUUGUUCGUCGCCACCUUUGCCACGACAUGGGGGCCAACGUCCUGGACAUACCCCGCCGAGAUUUUCCCAAGCAAGAUCAGAGCCAAGGCUGUUUCGCUCUCGACCGCAACAAACUGGUUCUGCAACAUGGUACUAGCCUUCGCUGUUCCACCUCUCCUUUGGAAUAUCAACUAUAAGAUGUACUAUAUCUUCGCGACUUUUAACGGGCUCGCUUUCUUCCAUAUGUUCUUUGCUGCAUAUGAGACGAAGGGAUACACCCUUGAAGAGAUGGACGACGUUUUUGACUCGGGCGUUGCGGCUUGGAACACCCGCAAGAAGGCUAGUCGUCUCGAGGAGCUUACAAAGGAGAUUGAGCAAGGCAAUAUCAAAGUUGAAGCAAAUGUAGGCCCGGCCACGACUUAA